AUGGACAAUUACGGAGAGUCCAACAGUGAUUCAGACUUACAUUCCCGUCUCGAGGUUGUCUUUGAUCAAGAUGCUAGACAUAUCCGCAAAUCUUCACUUGUAUCUACUGACUCCCCGUGGCUCUCCAGCCGCCAUGCAGAUCAGCGGAGUGACUCUGCAUGUUUCGUCCACGCCCUCCUUGGACAACCGCAUUGGCAGCCACCACGUCUUGAGCCAGUUGGUGAAAUGAAAGAAGUAACAAUCUCGAUUAAAGAACCACCACCCCACAACAAGGAAGAUUUCUUACCUUCUCCUGUGAUGCAAUCUCGCCUUUUGACCAAGAAACAACUCUCAGACAUGGCGUGGAAUGUCCGGGCUUUAUCCAAAAAGCUUGGGAGUGUUAAAAUGAAGCUCAAUGUUAGAACAGUAUUCAUCCUUACGAAACCUCAAGACCAAUGCCUUGUAUUUCUGACGAGGCAAGUCACUCGAUGGCUUUUAUCCAAAGAUCGGAAAACCCCAUACACAGUGUAUGUCGAGAAGAGGCUGGAAGGUGAUACCCAGUUUGAUGCUGCAGGGUUAUAUGAGGAAGAGCCUUCUGCAAAGGGACGACUAAAACACUGGGAUUUAGAGCUUGUCCAUGAGAAACCGCAUACAUUUGAUUUCGUUGUCACGUUAGGAGGCGAUGGGACGGUUUUAUAUGCAAGCUGGCUGUUCCAGAGAGCGGUUCCCCCGGUUCUCUCCUUUGCACUAGGCUCGCUCGGUUUUCUCACCAACUUUGAUUUCGAAAAUUAUCAAUCCACACUUGAAACAUCCUUCAGCGAGGGCGUCACGGUAAGUCUCAGGUUGAGGUUCGAAUGCACUAUCAUGAGGAGCAGACCCCGUCCGAAUCAUUCCGGCCUAAGGGAUUUAGUGGAAGAGUUGAUUGGGGAGGAGUCGGAUGACGACACAACGCACAAACCAGACAAAAUGUUUCAAAUAUUGAACGAUGUCGUUGUUGAUCGAGGCCCAAAUCCAACAAUGUCGUCGAUCGAAAUAUUUGGAGACGACGAGCAUUUCACUUCUGUACAAGCUGAUGGCGUGUGCGUUGCGACCCCUACUGGUUCAACAGCAUAUAACCUUGCAGCUGGUGGUUCACUAUCGCAUCCUGACAACCCCGUCAUCCUUCUUACUGCUAUCUGUGCACAUACUCUAAAUUUCAGGCCUAUCAUAUUACCUGAUACUAUCGUCCUCAGAGUCGGAGUACCUUACUCUGCAAGGACAAGCUCCUGGGCUGGCUUUGAUGGCCGGGAACGAACGGAAUUAUGUCCUGGUGACUAUGUCACCAUCUCGGCUUCAAGAUUCCCGUUUGCCAACGUGAGCCCCUCAGAAGCGCGGAGUCACGAAUGGAUACAGAGUAUCUCCCGGACUCUGAAUUGGAAUUCAAGACAAAAGCAGAAAGCAUAUGAUGCAAAAAAACUUUGCGAUGCUGAUAAAAGCAGGAUGUAG